AACACGUUAGUUGCGUCUCGUGGCGCCUACACAGCUCCUCGUUGAACAAUAAGAAAAUCCUAAGAAAUCAAAGCGACAACCAAAACCCACCGUUUUAAUGGAAACCAUUUGAAUUCAAGCAUUGACCCUUGACCCUGCCAGGAAGGACAACCCCCUUGCUAGGGUUUCCUACAAUGCCGCAGGAUUCCUCCGAGCCGGACCUCGACGAUCCCGACAUCGAGUUCGUCGAGGUUGAUCCAACCGGUCGCUAUGGUCGGUACAAGGAAGUUUUAGGGAAAGGGGCUUUCAAGAAAGUAUAUCGAGGGUUUGAUGAGUUGGAAGGGAUUGAAGUGGCUUGGAAUCAGAUUAAGGUGGCGGAUCUGUUGCGUAACUCUGAAGAUUUGGAGCGACUUUAUUCAGAGGUUCAUUUGCUCAAGACUUUGAAGCAUAAGAAUAUAAUUAAGUUUUACAAUUCAUGGGUUGAUGCCAGUAAUGAGAACAUCAACUUCAUUACCGAAAUUUUCACCUCAGGAACGUUGCGCCAAUACCGGAAGAAACAUAAGCAUGUUGAUUUGAGAGCUUUGAAGAAAUGGUCUAGGCAGAUUUUGGAAGGCCUUUUUUAUCUUCAUAGUCAUAAUCCACCUGUUAUUCACCGGGACCUCAAGUGUGACAACAUUUUUGUCAAUGGGAAUCAAGGGGAGGUGAAAAUUGGUGAUUUAGGAUUGGCGGCAAUCCUUCAACAGGCAAAUUCAGCUCACAGUGUCAUUGGUACCCCUGAGUUCAUGGCACCAGAACUUUAUGAAGAGGAAUACAAUGAACUUGUUGACAUCUAUGCUUUUGGCAUGUGCUUGCUUGAAUUGGUAACUGUUGAGUACCCUUAUGUUGAAUGUACCAAUGCUGCUCAAAUAUACAAGAAAGUGACGUGUGGAAUAAGGCCAGCUUCAUUGGCAAAAGUUGCAGAUCUUGAAGUUAGAGCAUUUAUCGAAAAGUGUAUUGCUCAUGUAUCUGAACGGUUGUCUGCGAAGGACCUCUUGAUGCAUCCCUUCCUUCAGUCAGAUAAUGAUGAAAGUGUAGGUCGAUCUUUAAGAUCCCAUGCCCAUCAUUCAGGAAAUAAUUGGCAUAAUCAAGUUACUGGAGAAAAUGCUGAGGAUAACUUAGCCGAGACAAGGUUCACAGUGGAAGGUCAGAGGAGGGAUAAUAAUACAAUAUUUUUAAAAUUGCGAAUUGCAGAUUCCUCAGGUCAUAUUCGAAAUAUCCAUUUUCCUUUUGAUAUUGAAGCAGACACUUCAACCGCCGUAGCUAGUGAAAUGGUUGAGGAGUUGGAACUUACUGAUCAAGAUGUUACAACUAUUGCUAGUAUGAUUGAUUCUGAAAUUCAAUAUCACAUUCCUAGUUGGAAUGCCAGUGAAACUCCUGUUGACGGUUUUUGUCUAGAUUCAUGCUGUACCCCUGAAACUAGAGCAUUGGCCUCUCCUAUGGCACAUGAUUCCGCAGCUUCUCCUAGCAGUCUUGCAUUAGAAAUAUUACCUUCAGGUCGUAAGUACUGGUCAGACUCACCAAAGGCACUUGGAGCAAACUCUCCAUCUCGAAACAUUGCUUCAUUCUUGUCUCAUGAAGUAGAUGCAAAUGCUGACAAAGGCAGCAGCCCGGGUACAAAUGGUGAUAUUUCAGCUGAUGAUUGUAGUGCUGAGAAGGAAUGUAAUGAAACUGCUGAUUCCCCUUCUAGUGAGAGAAGUAUUACAUCAGGAGCAUCUGGUGAAAAAUCUUCCGAGAAAGAAUUAUCUGAAAGUUUGGAAGAUACUGAAACAGAAUACAUAAAUCAAAUUGCAACAAAUCUGGAGAAUUUGUUGGUUAAACAAAAAAUGGAGCUAGAUGAACUAAAGAGAAAGCACAAAUUAGCUGUUUCAGAUCUUCUGAAGGAACUUUCACCAGAAAUGUGCCAGAAGGUCCUAAAUAUAUGCAACCUGCAGAUGCCUGACGGUGAAAUGUAGGGCGAGGGUUGCCCUACAUUCAUCUAAAUGCCCCUUUGCGAGGUUUAGGGUAGUCCUGGGCACUUCUUCGUCAUUUAGAAAGCUUAUUUAUGGAGUGGAAUUCUGAAGUUGAGAUAUCCUUGUUUGUUGUUUGGAACUUACGCACUGUUAAUAUUUUGGGUUUCAUAAUUCAUGCUCAAGAGAGGGUAAUUUUUUAAAGGCACAAGUGUUCUUGGUAUUUGAUGUCAAGAGGAAAUCCAGCUGGGUGAUAAAGUCCUAAGAGCUUGAAGGACUCGAUGCUGUUGCUGCAUUUAUCCAAGAAGCAUGGGUGAUGAAGUGAGAAAUUACCUUUGAUAAAGGUCAUAAGACCGGAUUUCAUUUUCUAUCUGUAAAUAGUUUGAUACAACUCAUUAAACUACAGAAAAUGUAUACUUGUACAUAUAUCACUGGCUGUCGUUUCAGUAUACACGAAGGUCUUCCCAACUAGUAUAUCUGGGCUUGGAGGUCGACUACUGGUGCAUGAAAUUGGUUCUCCUCGAUAAUUUUUCAGUACGCUUCCAAAUUAUUCUUAUAAUUUUGGACUUUUGGUAUUACUGACUUUGGUUCGGGCCAGUAUUUGUAACAUUUUAACAGAUAAAUUUGAUUUUA